CGUAAUAACUCAUCUCGUCGUCAAUCGUCUCGUGGUCAAUCCAGUUCGAUUUCUCGCCAACUUUUUUGGAAGAUAGAGUGGAGUAGGCCUUCUUCAGCAGCCGGAAGGACGAAGAUGGUGGGGACGACAGAGAUGAUAGUUCGGUACUAGCGGGAUUGAUUUUCCACGGCGUCAUUUUCCCGUCCGAAGUACUGGGACAAUGGGUUUCGGGAACUAUCGAUUCCGCACAAGUGCCAACUUCGUCGCUGUCGUCUGGCAAGUACGCCGAACUUGCGGUCGGCUUCAUCACCAUAGUCGUUGUAUAGUGCUCUCGGUGGGGCUCCUCGUGAAGAAGGUACGGAGACCGGCCGUGUCGACGGGUGUUCGCUCUGUGAAUGAAAUUAUCCAUGCUUCGGUCCUGGAUUUCCUCCCGCCUUAUCGAUUGGUCCGGUUGCAACGCAAACUUCGUGGGUGUGCAGUCGAUCUUGGCCCUUCUUUUUCUCCACAACAUAGUCAAGAGAUGCUUGGUCCACAUGAAAACAAAUACGAUGAUGGAAAACAUCAAUCGAACUAAUAAUGAGAUGGUGCUUCCCAAGAUGGAAGAUCGCAAUCCGACCUCUUCAUCGGCUUUCUUUUUCUGCAAGCGCGAGGCGGCCCCAGAGGUUGGUAUAGGUUUUGCGGACAUCACAGUUUGCUGGGAAUAACUCGUAGUCGAUACGACACUUUCGUCACAGGGAAGAAAUCUACCGAGGCUUCGCUGUGCCGAAUGCACCGAGCCUAGAUCGAAGGUACGCAGCGUACUCAUUGUAGCUACAAUAGCGAUGGGCAUUUCUGAUGCAUAUGAUGACGACGAAGAGAACAGUGAUUUCUUUCCUCUAAUUGCUCCAUCUUUUGCACCACCUUGUUGUGCAUUAGGCUUCGCAAAAUUGACAGAUCGAGUGCACGUAUUUUUGGUCAUUAAUUCUGGAACAGAAUCUGUUUCAGAAUAUUCAGAUCGUGAUGCAGAAUCCUCGUCGGAAUCCUCGACAAAAGAGGAUUCAUCUGAAAACAUAUCUGACUCUUCGUCACUCAUGCUGGCAUGAGUAGAAUGACUCGGCGUGGAGCGCUCGUCAGAACUUCUACUUCUUAAGCUCUCUUCCUCCUCCCCGGAAGACAGCGAGCGGCUCUCGUGUGAACUAGAUGAAUCCUCUGACACAAUUUCCGGUUCGUCACACAAUGAAGCCUGGAUUUCGUCGAAACCGUCGUAAUCAGCAUCGGCCAUGUCGUUAUCAGAGAGGGGUGACUUUUUCCGCACAGUAGUUCCAUGGUCUAUCGUAUCGACACGGUUGUUAUCCGACAAACCCUUGCAAUAGUCAUCAAACCCUUGCAUUUUGUAAAGGGAAGCUCGAUCACUUGCAUCGUCUUUAUUCUCGAUUUCAAACCGUUCUUUCUCCUUUGCUUCUCUCCUUGCUACCAGUUUUCCGGCUUUCGCCUUGGCUUCCAUUCGUUUUCUUUCUUCCUCGAACUUCUGUAAUUCCAAUGCCUCUUCUUUCGCUUUCGCCUCAGCGUCCUGUUUCUUCUUUUCCUCCUCGUAUUUCUUUCUUACUUCGGCCUCCAUCUUUUUCCUUUCCUCCACCAACUUGAGACGAGCUGCUUUCGCCUUUGCUUCCAUCCGUUCUCUCUCUUCCUCCAAUCUUUUCGCUUCUUUUGCUUUUUCUCCAGCUUCUAUCCGCUUUUUCUCUUCUUCUAGCCUCUCCUCCGCUUCUAUCUGCCUUCUUCUUUCCUCCUCCUUUCUCUUUUCUUCCAUUUCUUGCUCAUGCCUUUCUUCCUCAGCUCUUCUCUUCGCGUCGGCCUCAAGUCGUGCUUUCUCUUCCGCUUCUUGUUGCUUUCUUUGCUCUUCGAUCAUUCUCUCAACCUCCGCUUCUUCUGCUGCCCUUGUUUCUUCUUCAAGCCGUCUUCUUUCUUCUUCAAGUUUCACUGCUUUGUGCUCCCACGCUUCCAUUUGUUUUCUUUCUUCUUCAGAUUCUUCUUCGCGGCCGUUUUCAGCUGCAACACCAGGCGCAUCCAUAUUUGAACGAAGUGGUUCAUCAUCCGGUCCAAGAAUCUCAGCCAUCAUUUCCCCCCCUUCCUCGAACAUGACUUCUGGAGCAUCGAUAGAAGCUUUCUUUGCACCGUUGCGCUGGAACAACGCUUUAUCGCGUCCCAGUAUUUCGUCUCCACUGAAUUGCGUCUUUACCGUGGGAACAUUCGAUGUGGUUUUAUCUUUUCCCGACUUAGUAGAUUUACGGAAAUCAACAGUCAAAUCACUA